CGCAGGCCGCGCGCGGGGAGUCCGGGGCUCGCGAACGCGCCGGAGCGUCCCCAGAGUCGGGAGCGCGCCUGCGGAUGACAACAAAUUCGUCUCGCGGCGGCGGUGGAGGUGUCUGCCUCAGCCCCUGCCUCAGGCCCGGUCGCCUCGCCGCGCGCUCUCCUGCACCCUCUCUCCGUGCGGACGAGGACCCCUCCGGAAGACCCCGGGCCUGGGGCGCCCGCGACUCCUCCGCCCCGUGUCCCCGCCAGGCCUAGAGCGAGCGGCGCGGCGCAGGAGAUGGGGUCGUCCUGAGGGACGCCUGGUGCCGGGAAGGGAUGGAGGGGCCACCCCGGGCUUAGGCCCCUCCGCGGCCUGGGGACGCCGGCCAGUGCCCUUGCCGCCGCCGCAGCGGCCUGGAACCGGGGCCUGGGCCGGGAGGCCGGAGCCGCCGCCGCCCGCAGCCCUCGCCGGCCCUCAACAUGCCUUGGCCGUUUUCAGAGUCCAUCAAGAAGAGGGCCUGUCGGUACCUCCUGCAGAGGUACCUGGGCCAUUUCCUGCAGGAGAAGCUGAGCCUGGAGCAGCUCAGCCUGGACCUGUAUCAGGGCACCGGGUCCCUCGCCCAGGUCCCCUUGGACAAAUGGUGUCUCAAUGAGAUCCUGGAGUCAGCAGACGCACCUUUAGAAGUCACCGAAGGAUUCAUACAGUCCAUUUCUCUGUCAGUUCCGUGGGGCUCCUUGCUACAGGAUAAUUGUGCACUGGAAGUGAGAGGGUUAGAAAUGGUCUUCCGACCUAGACCUCGCCUAGCGACUGGUUCUGAGCCUAUGUAUUGGUCAAGUUUCAUGACCAGCAGUAUGCAGUUGGCAAAAGAAUGUCUUAGCCAGAAACUAACAGAUGAACAAGGAGAAGGAUCUCAGCCUUUUGAAGGACUUGAAAAGUUUGCUGAAACCAUUGAAACAGUACUAAGAAGAGUAAAAGUCACUUUUAUAGACACUGUCUUGAGAAUUGAACAUGUGCCAGAAAAUUCCAAAACUGGAACUGCACUUGAAAUUCGAAUAGAAAGAACUGUAUACUGUGAUGAAACUGCUGACGAAUCCUCAGGAAUUAAUGUACAUCAGCCCACAGCUUUUGCUCACAAGUUACUUCAGCUCUCUGGAGUGUCUCUUUUCUGGGAUGAGUUUUCUGCAUCAGCAAAAUCUUCCCCAGUGUGUUCAACUGCACCAGUGGAAACUGAGCCAAAGCUGUCACCUAGCUGGAGUCCCAGAAUCGUCUGUGAGCCACACCCACAACUAACUAGGAAUUUACCAGAGGCAGCACCCUCUGACCCAGUGCAGAUUGGAGGACUGAUGGGUAGGUUGGAGCUGAGUCUCACGCUGAAACAGAAUGAAGUACUUCCUGGAGCUAAGUUGGAUAUUGAUGGACAGAUAGACUCGAUUCAUCUAUUCCUGUCUCCAAGACAGGUACACUUGGUUUUGGAUAUGUUAGCAGCUAUUGCUGGGCCAGAAAAUUCUAGCAAAAUAGGGUUAGCUAAUAAAGAUAGAAAAAAUCGACCCAUGCAGCAGGAAGAAGAAUAUCGAAUUCAAAUGGAAUUAAACCGGUAUUAUUUGAGAAAAGAUUCCCUCUGUGUGGGUGUAUCUUCAGAGCAAAGCUUUUAUGAGACAGAAACGGCUCGUACACCUUCUAGCCGUGAAGAAGAAGUUUUCUUCUCCAUGGCUGAUAUGGACAUGUCCCACAGUCUCUCUUCUCUUCCACCCCUGGGAGACCCCCCACACAUGGACCUCGAGUUAUCGUUAACCAGUACACAUACACACACCCCAGCGGGAUCCCCAUUAAGUGCUACUGUGCUUCAGCCAACGUGGGGAGAUUUCCUUGAUCGUCAUAAAGAGCAGCCAGUGAGAGGGUCAGCGUUGCCAUCUAAUAACCUCGGUCACCCAGCAUCUUUACCGAAGACUUCUCUCCCUUCUCGAUCUGUCUCAGUGGAUGAAUCCAGGCCUGAACUUAUUUUCAGACUGGCUGUGGGAACUUUCUCAGUCUCUGUGCUUCACAUCGACCCGUUAUCUCCACCUGAAACGUCGUUGAACCUAAAUCCAUUGACACCUCUGGCGACAGCUUUCUUUUCUUGUAUAGAAAAGAUUGAUCCAUCAACAUUUUCAACAGACGAUUUUAAGUCGUUCCGAACAGUAUUUGCAGAAGCUUGCUCACAUGAUCACCUUAGAUUUAUCGGUACUGGCAUCAAAGUGUCCUAUGAACAAAGACAGAGAUCAUCAUCCAGAUAUUUCAGUACUGAUAUGUCCAUUGGGCAAAUGGAACUUUUGGAAUGCCUGUUUCCGACUGAUUUUCAUUCUGUUUCUCCUCACUAUACAGAGCUUUUAAUGUUCCAUUCCAAAGAAGGAACUGAUUUCCACGCCCCUGUGUGUCUUCAGCUUCAUUAUAAGCAUUCUGAGAAUAAAGGACCCCAGGGUAAUCAAGCAAGACUUAGUUAUGUUCCUCAGAAGUCAGAAUUACAAAUUAAAUUAAAUCCAGUAUUUUGUGAGCUGGAUAUCAGUAUUGUGGACAGGUUAAAUUCCUUGCUUCAACCACAGAAACUCACUACAGUGGAGAUGAUGGCAUCUCACAUGUAUACUUCAUAUAAUAAGCAUAUUAGUUUGCACAAGGCUUUCACUGAAGUAUUUCUAGAUGAUUCACAUAAUCCUGCAAAUUGUCGGAUAUCAGUACAAGUUACAACACCAGCAUUAAACCUUUCUGUCCGCUUCCCAAUACCCGACCUUCGAUCAGAUCAAGAAAGAGGCCCAUGGUUUAAGAAGUCACUGCAGAAGGAGAGCCUUCAUUUAGCAUUCACAGAUCUAGAAUUUAAGACUGAGUUCAUAGGAGGAUCAACCCCAGAGCAAAUUAAAUUGGAACUGACCUUUAGAGACCUAGUUGGGUCAUUCCAGGAAGAUAAAGGAGAGCCGUCCAUUAAGUUUUUCCACGUGUCUGGUGGAGUCGAUGAAGACACAACAUCGUCAGAUGACUUUGAUUGGCCGCGAAUCGUACUGAAAAUAAAUCCCCCAGCCAUGCAUUCCAUUUUGGAGCGAAUAGCAGCCGAGGAAGAAGAAGAGAGUGACGGCCACUAUCAGGAAGAGGAGGAAGGAGGUGCUCACUCCCUGAAAGAUGUGUGUGACCUGAGGAGACCAGCCCCCUCCCCCUUUUCUUCUCGUAGAGUGAUGUUUGAGAACGAACAGAUGGUGAUGCCAGGAGACCCUGUCGAAAUGACAGAGUUUCAGGAUAAAGCAAUCAGCAAUUCUCACUAUGUGCUGGAACUUAUGUUACCCAAUGUUCAUGUAACACUACCCAAUAAAAGCUUUUAUGAGAAGCUUUAUAAUAGAAUCUUUAAUGACUUGCUGCUGUGGGAGCCGACAGCGCCUUCACCGGUAGAGACUUUUGAAAACAUUUCAUAUGGUAUCGGGCUCUCAGUAGCCAGUCAACUGAUCAAUACCUUCAACAAAGAUAGUUUUAGCCCAUUUAAAUCUACAGUUCACUAUGAUGAGGAAAGUGGAUCUGAGGAGGAGAGUUUGCACUAUUUUUCUACUGUUGAUCCCAACUAUCGUUCCCGUAGGAAAAAAAAACUAGACCCUCAGAACAAGAACUCACAGAGUUUUCUCUCGGUUCUCCUGAGUAUUAAUCACGGAUUAAUGGCAGUGUUUACAGACGUAAAGCAAGAUAAUGGAGAUCUGCUGGAAAACAAGCAUGGUGAAUUUUGGUUAGAGUUCAAUAGUGGUUCUUUAUUUUGCGUGACAAAAUAUGAAGGUUUUGAUGACAAGCACUACAUCUGCCUUCAUUCUAGCAGCUUCAGUCUGUACCACAAAGGCAUAGUGGAUGGAGUGAUUCUUCCUACGGAAGUACGACUGCCCAGUUCAAGCCACCCACAUUGGUUGGAACCUACUAUUUAUUCCUCUGAAGAAGAUGGCCUCAAUAGAGCAUCUUCUGACGGUGUUGGAGGAGACGCUUUGAAUAUGCUCUCUGUUGCAGUUAAAAUAGUAUCCGAUAAAUCAGAGUCCAAUACAAAGGAAUUUCUCAUUGCUGUAGGCCUGAAAGGAGCCACUCUCCAGCACAGAAUGCUCCCUUCCGGGCUGAGCUGGCACGAGCAGAUUUUAUACUUCUUGAAUAUUGCUGAUGAACCUGUUCUGGGAUAUAAUCCUCCAACUUCAUUUACAACUUUUCAUGUUCAUCUCUGGAGCUGUGCACUUGAUUAUAGGCCUCUUUAUUUGCCAAUCCGAUCUCUUCUUACUGUGGAAACAUUCAGCGUCUCAAGUAGUGUUGCCUUGGAUAAGUCAUCUUCUACUCUCAGAAUAAUCUUGGAUGAAGCUGCUUUACACCUGUCUGACAAGUGUAAUACUGUCACUGUAAAUCUGAAUAGAGAUUAUGUUCGUGUGAUGGAUAUGGGGCUUUUGGAAUUAACCAUAACUGCAGUGAAGCCUGAUUCUGAUGGAGAGCAAGCCGACUCGCGCUUUGAACUACACUGUUCCAGUGACGUUGUCCAUAUCAGAACUUGCUCAGACUCGUGUGCUGCAUUAAUGAAUCUCAUUCAGUACAUUGCAAGCUAUGGGGACUUAAAUGCAGCUAACACGGCGGACAUGAAGCCUGGAGCUCCUCAAAAAAAGACGAAGGUGGAGUCUGGUGGUCGAUCAUCCUCACGAGGUCCAGUACUUCCUGAAGCAGAUCAACAAAUUUUACGAGAUCUGAUGAGUGAUGCGAUGGAGGAGAUUGACGUGCACCAAGCCACUUCGUCUGUAAAGCCGCAGUCUAAUGGUGUUGUGGAUGAAAAAUCUCACCCUCAGGAGCCAUGUUGUUCAGACCUCUUCCUGUUUCCAGAUGAGAGCGGGAAUGUGUCCCAGGAGCCCGGCCCCACUUACGCCUCAUUCACCCACCACUUGAUUAGUGACACAAUGACAGGUGUGCCCACUGAAAAUGACGACUUUUGCAUUCUUUUUGCACCAAGAGCAACCAUUCAGGAGAAGGAAGAAGAACCAGUUGUAAAAAUAAUGGUCGAUGACACAAUUGUGAUAAGGGAUAAUUAUUUUAGUCUGCCCAUUAAGAAGACAGAUACGAGCAGAGCCCCACUACACUUUCCCAUGCCUGUAGUCCGGUAUGUUGUUAAAGAAGUCUCUCUAGUUUGGCAUCUUUAUGGAGGAAAGGAUUUUGGAACAGCCCCUCCUACUUCUCCAGCUAAAAGUUACAUCAGUCCCCACAGUUCACCAUCUCACACACCCACAAGACAUGGACGUAAGAUGGUAUGUGGCGGAAAAGGAAGAAACCAUGACUUUUUAAUGGAAAUACAAUUAAGCAAGGUGAAGUUUCAGCAUGAGGUCUACCCCCCGUGCAAGCCAGAAUGCGACUCUAGCCUCUUAGAACACCCAGUCUCCCGGCAGGUGUUCAUCGUGCAAGACCUUGAAAUUCGAGAUCGUCUGGCAACAUCACAAAUGAAUAAGUUUUUGUACCUGUAUUGCAGUAAAGAAAUGCCUCGAAAAGCUCAUUCCAACAUGCUGACAGUUAAAGCAUUACACGUGCGCCCAGAGUCUGGCAGGUCGCCCCAGGAGUGCUGCUUACGAGUGUCACUAAUGCCACUUCGCCUCAAUAUUGACCAGGAUGCCUUGUUCUUCCUGAAGGAUUUCUUCACAAGUCUUUCUACAGAAGUAGAGCUUCUGAUGGCUCCAGAUCCAGAAGUUAAAAAGUCUCCUGGAGCUGAUGUCACCUGCAGUUUGCCAAGGCAUUUAAGUACCUCAAAGGAGCCAAACGUCGUUCUUUCUUUCCCUGCGCCAAAGCAUCCUUUCCAAAAUGACAGUGCCAACUCAGCCGAAGUGGUUAAUGGGGAGGCGCAGAAGGCCUUCUCGGCCGAAGAAGCAUCAUUUAGUGAUCAGCCUGUGUUUUUCAGAGAAUUUAGAUUCACAUCAGAAGUUCCUAUCCGACUUGAUUAUCAUGGAAAGCACGUGUCAAUGGAUCAGGGCACGUUAGCUGGGAUUUUGAUCGGUCUGGCCCAGUUAAACUGCUCUGAACUAAAGCUGAAGAGGCUUUUCUAUCGGCAUGGUUUGCUAGGUGUUGACAAAUUAUUCUCGUAUGCAAUCACCGAAUGGCUUACUGACAUUAAGAAAAACCAGCUACCGGGCAUCCUGGGAGGUGUUGGGCCUAUGCACUCACUAGUACAAUUAGUGCAAGGCCUGAAGGACUUGGUCUGGUUACCGAUAGAGCAGUACCGGAAGGAUGGCCGCAUUGUCAGAGGAUUUCAGAGAGGCGCUGCCUCCUUUGGCACCUCUACAGCCAUGGCCGCUCUAGAACUCACCAAUCGAAUGGUUCAAACCAUACAGGCCGCGGCCGAGACUGCUUAUGACAUGGUGUCUCCGGGUACCCUUGCUAUCGAGCCCAAGAAGAUGAGAAGGUUUCCUCAUCACCGGUUAGCCCACCAGCCAGUAGACCUGAGGGAAGGUGUGGCCAAGGCCUACAGUGUCGUGAAAGAGGGAAUUACAGACACGGCUCACACCAUCUAUGAAACCGCAGCUCGAGAACACGAGAGCAGGGGCGUUACUGGGGCCGUGGGGGAGGUCCUGCGCCAGAUUCCUCCGGCGGUGGUGAAACCUCUGAUUGUCGCCACAGAAGCAACAUCAAACGUGUUAGGUGGCAUGAGAAACCAAAUUCGACCUGAUGUUCGGCAAGACGAGUCACAGAAAUGGCGCCACGGGGAGGACUGAUAUUUCAGGCAUGAUCCUCACGAAGAUAACGAAGGCAGAACUAAGGAGCAUAGUGUCCCAUUGGCAGCUUUAGAGGGAACUCAUUUAAUUUUAUUGUGCUCAUCUCAGGAACAAAAGCAGUUCUUAGUUCAAUAAUGUAAUAUUACAACCACAUGCAACCAAAACUUCUCUGACGUUUUAGGGCUAGGUUGGUACUUGCCUGUAGAAAGGUUCGGUGACUGGUAUCAAGUCCUUAAAGCAUUUGCUGCCAAGUUAGUAGAAUGCUUGCUUUUAUUAAAAUGAGUAUAAUUCUCCUGGUUACAGAUGAGAUGUCAUUGGAAAGCUCCUUUGACAGUCAGGAGUGCUCAGAAACUUCUGAGUACUUCGAAAGCACUGUUUAUGUUGUUCUGAGGAGUUGAUUUUUCUUAAGGUUUAAAAAGAAUCAUAGCUUCGAAACUUUCAUGGUGAGUGAGAGACAGAAGCCACAGGAAAAUAAAAGCAAAUAGGAUUUUCAAAAUAAAUAUCAGUGAGGACUAAAUAACCUCGUCUGUUGGAUUUAGUGUUCAUGCCCUCGAGAAUAACAUUAUUUCCACUUACUCAGAAAAUCCUGUGGGAGUGGGAGAGCUUGAGUGUCACAGACACGUUCUGUUGUGUUGCACUUUAUCUUGUGUGUGUGUAUGUGUUUCUAGAUUAAUACGUGUCACGUGCUAUCUUCUUUAUGUAAUUUAUAGAGUUACACAAACAUAAAGAGGAGUAGGCUGAAAGUUUGGGGCAAAGGAAGGUAACUCAAAUGUAAUAACUUCCAUUUAUUUUAAGUGUAAAUGAAAAUGUGCGUUUUAUAAAGAACUGGGGCCCAUAUAAUUGUUUAUAUGUUCAAUUUUAAGCAGGUUAUGUAGGGCAAGCUUGUCAGGAAUGUGUGGAAAGGGAGUAUGGAAGUAGUUUUUACUCUUAAAAUUAACCAAAAAUCCUCCAAAUAUGCCCUAGUCGGCUAUUUCAAAGUACCAUUUUUACUUGGUUAAGUGUACAUUUUGAUAAACCUGUCAGGAAUGAAUAAAGUAUUUUUAUUUAAAGGCAAAACUGUUUUAUGCUUCCAUGAAUAUUUUGCUUUUCCUAGAGCAUGCAUAUUCAUAGAUGCAAUGCUAGGAUUUAUUCCAAGAUACUUGGGAACACUUUCUCAGAACUGAUUUUGGUUAAUAUCAAGUAUAUCAUGACCUGGAAGUGAGAGGGAAAUUGUUCUCAUCUCAGUCUCUGCCUCGGAGUUAAUCCAGCAGAAAGAAAAUGUAGGACUUUGUAUCCAUCCACUGUUGAAAGUCACGUGCUAAGAAUUCUCAGGUUCUGAAGUGGGGGAAUAUCGAGGUAGAUUUGGAUUUCAGAAUCACAUUUCAGUUUGGGGUUGGGAAAAUGACAUUGAAUCAGUUUCACUCUAAUUUUUCUAAACAAGAAAGUAAUGUAAACCAAAAAUCUGAACAUUUAAAAUUUAUAAAAAUUGUGCUCAAUAGCUGUUAGUUUUAUUUUGUUUCCUUUUUACUGCCAAAAAACUAUGAAAGGCAACACUCAGAGUAACCACCUGUUUAAGCAUCAUGGAAGCUCUGCUACUCUUUCCCAAGUAAGUGGAGGCCAUGUAGACCGAGGUCCCGAGUAAACAUCUGCCAAGGCUGUUUUUAUUGCCGUGAAAGCCCAGCCUGCUUCUGGAGCACAGUCCGAUUGCCCUGUGCUUGGAGCCCCCGUGCUCCAUUUUCCCUUACAAUGGGACAUACUACGGACAUUGUCUGUGAUGCUUAAUCAAAGUGAAACAUGCUUGGUCAGACUGAAAAGUAUAAAAUCUCUUUAACUUUUCAAUAUAUUUCCCACAGUUACACUAUUUAAGUUCAAUUAGAUAUGGUAUAGCGAGAAUGAUCGUUCUCUUGUUUGCUCUUUGAGCAGCAAAGGGACCCGUCUUUUGACAAAUUAGCUUUAUAAAUCCCAUUUAAAAAUAUCUAUAUCCUGCAGUCUCCAUGGUUCUUGCUCUGUUCUGCCUUCCUGCACCUGCUGUUGAGAGAAUCUAUGUUUAGGAACAGAAACCUUGUGUCUCAGAAAGAUUCAGUCAAGGGUCUACUCAUUUUCAGUUUAGCCAACAUGCUCUUUACUUGAGAUAUUUGUGUAUCUAUAUAGGAAUACUUCUGCAUCAUUAAGUAUCCUUAAGUUUUUCGUUUUUAAAAGUGUCUCUUUAAACUUUUAUGCUGCGAAAACACAGUAAGGGGUGUUGGGCAGGAUCCUGGGAUUGCCAGAUUUGGGACUUCUCAAGCGGGUGGCUUGGCCACGCACGGCCUUCGGUUUCCCUAAGCCUCAGUGUCCCUCUCUGUGAACAAAGGGAUUUCUCACGACAAAGUCCACUAGAGAGGUUUCCACUGGUUAGGGCGUGUGUGCAUGUGUGCGCGUGCGUGCCUGUGUGUGAAUGAUGGUGUGGGAGUUAACGCCCAGCAGGGUGCCCGGACCUGAGACCCCUCAGACUGGUGGCACUGCCACGUGAGAGCAGUCUGGUCACAUCCCAUGGAGCAGCUCCCGUGGAUCUUGCAUCUCUGAGAGUUUGGCGUUUCUGAAUGGCUGCGGUGCCUGCAUGGUUCUCUUGUGAUGCGACACUCCCGAAUGGAGUAAGCUGUGUGUGUCCGCUUGUCCCUGCGUCUAGUCCACGUACAUAUCUCCCCCAGGAGUCCAUGUCGCAGGCCUGGUCCACGUCUGUCAGCAAGUUUCACAACCCACAGUGUUACAGAAAUGUGGUGAGACCACCUUCCGUUAUGAAAGGUGGGCCAUGGCUGUGUCUUCCCUUGAACGACUGGUUUGGGUCCCCCAGUUUCCCUUCCUGUGUGUCCCCAGAUUGGUAUUACUUACAAGUAGAACGUUCACUUAACAUCCGCCUUUUCAGAUAGAAUACAGUGUUUCUUGUAGACAUCAUAGCAGACUUCCAUUUCAGUAAAGUUUGGGUCCAAUUUGGAUUCCCACUUAAGCACACAUAUUUACCCUUGAUCUUUUUAUCAUGUAAAACUCACUUUAAGAAAGAAAAACAACUUCCCAAGUAGCAAUGUGCCUAAAGUGGCAAAAAUAUUAAAAACCAGUGUUUCUCCCUCCUGCCAUGUGUCACUUUUAAAAUGCUAUUACAAUAGUUCCAGCUUUUAAGGGAAUUACUUUUUAACCGUCUCCUUUGAAAACUGUUCUGUAGGUUUGGUGCCUUUGUUCAGUUCCAAAACAGUCCAGACAAACCUGUCUGCUCGCGCAGGGGCUGCUGGUCCACAGGGGUGUGGCCCCCCGGGUCGUUGGCACUGUGUGCUCAGCAGAGGGGAGGCAGCAGGCAGAGUUGAAGGGAAGCAAUUUGAAGUGAGGAAUCCACACUUGGCACCAGAUGGUUUCAGGAUUAACAAUGGUCAACAUGAAUUUAAAUUUGAAAUAGGCAAAAAGCUGGAGACUAAGGAGAAGUCAUUUCACUUCGCGUCCGUUUCCUUAGACCUGCAUUGGGUAUACUUCUUCAGAUUAGUGAG